CUCCCUCUCUGCCAAAUAUACUCUGGGCUCCGUGAAGGACAUAUCAACUCUCUCCCACUACCUGAGAGAUUUCUCUCCGUCAUUUUCUCGGAAACCUAACAGAAAAACUGAAUCACAUUUCCAUCUCCAUGGCUUCUCCCUCCUUUCCCUCGCCACCACCACCACCACCACCAUCUUCGUGAUAGCUUUCAGUGUGUUGAGAUUCAAACUAGCAGAUCUUGGAGAGAUCUCAAAUCCUAAUGUGAAAAACUAGAGAAGGCGAUAUGAAGACGACUAACAUGCAGGCGAAAGGAAGAGGAGGAGGAAACAUGAAGGCGGCGAAUCCACAGCAGGUUAUCUUCGAGCUGAAGAAGAAAGUAGUCACCGCCUUGAACAAGCUCGCGGAUAGAGAUACGCACCAGAGAGGAGUCGACGAGCUCGAGAACACAGUCGAGCAUCUCGCGCCUGACAAGAUCUCUUGCUUCCUCUCGUGUAUACUGGACACUGAUUCCGAGCAGAAGAGCGCGGUUCGCAAGGAGUGUAUCAGGUUAAUGGCUACUUUGGCUAGGUUUCAUCACGGCCUCGUUGCGCCGUAUCUCGCUAAGAUGGUCUCUAGUGUUGUUAAGAGGCUCAAGGAUCAGGAUUCUGUUGUGAGAGACGCGUGUAUUGAAACGAUGGGUGUUUUGGCUUCGAAGAUGAGCUGUUAUGAGGACGAGAGCUAUGGUGUUUUUGUUUCCUUGGUGAAACCGCUUUUUGAAGCUAUUGGUGAUCAGAAUAAGUAUGUGCAGUCAGGUGCAGCCUUGUGCUUGGCGAGAGUUGUUGAUAGUAGUCCUGAGGCUCCAGUUGCGAUUAUACAACGUAUGCUUACCAAAACUGUGAAGCUGCUUAAUAGCUCGCAUUUCAUUGCAAAACCAGCGGUUAUUGAGCUUAACCGAAGCAUCAUCCUGGCUGGUGGGGCAACGACAAAGAGUGUGCUUAUCUCAGCAAUGAGUAGCUUUCAAGAUGCUCUUAAAAACAAAGAUUGGACUACUCGUAAGGCAGCCUCUGUAGCACUUAUGGAAAUAGCUGCCACUGGUGAAAAGUUUCUUGGACCCCUCAAGGCUUCUUGCAUAAGCUCUCUAGAGUCAUGUCGCUUUGACAAAGUGAAACCGGUGAGGGACUCAAUUGUUCUUGCCUUGCAAUAUUGGAAAGGUGUCCCUGGUUCUGAUAGUCAAGAGCCGUCUGAAACUGUAUCCUCCGUAAGAGAAAGUUAUAGUGGAGCUCAAGGGGAUAGUGAACUAUUCAGCACUAGUGACUCUAAAUCGAAGGAUGUUACAUCCAACAAAUAUGUAACAGAUUUAGCAAGGAAGAAGGUUCCGUUUUCUGCCAGGAAUGCACCUACACGUUACAAUGAAAAGACUAAACAAGAUAAUUGGCGCAUCGAAAUUGCAGUCUCGGAAUCUCCAAUUGUUUCCAAGGUUAAUCUUCACAAUGAAGAAUCAGAGGGCAGUUGCAUCACCAAAACAUUUGCAGAAGCGGCAAACACGCCAGAAGUGACAUAUGAGUACAUUCCAAUGGAAGAUAAGGCAGAUUGUUAUGUAACUGACGCUGUCAAUGAGAACGACGAUAUCAAGUCUGUUACAGUUUCGUCAAACAGUUUCCUAGCGAGUGGUAUGGUGAAUCCAGCCAUAACGAGUAAGCAGUUCGCAGCUGAAGAGACUUACUCUGAGGGGCAGCAAUUCUCAACCAAAUUGAAGAAUCGUACAAGCACUGACUCUACUGUAACAGUGUCAAGCUCUGAAAUCAAUCAUGACUGCUGUGCUCAGAUUUCAAAUGAAAUGGCUUCUGUACGUAAACAGCUCUCAGAUAUUGAGAAUAAACAGUCACGACUGAUCGAUCAGCUACAGGUCUUUUCAACAGGAAUAAUGAACAACUUUUCGGCUCUUCAAUCCAAGGUGUUAAGCUUAGAAUAUGCAGUGGAGGGGAUCGCUCAAAACUUUGCCUUGCAUUCAGAUAUAUCAAACUCCAAUUUUGCGAAGCUAAACCAAGGUACUACUGUGUCACCGAGGCUCUCUAGUUGCACUUCGAGAACCUCAACGGAUAUCCGCAAUCGGCAAUCUACAUUAUCAUCUUCCAAGUACUCAAUGACGAGAGAGAACAAAACACAUGGAAGAAGCAAACUAAAUGAACCACAGGGUAUAGGAAAGACGCGAAGUAAUGCUUUUGGAGAGACUGGUCAACAACAUACAAGGGAAGACAUCUGGAACAACAUUGGACAGGGAAGACGAACACUGAGCCAGACCCGGAAAAGUUCUGAAAGCGUAACAAAGCAUUGUGCAGAGGUGAUGAGUGGAGCAGGUGGUUCAUGUGAAGAUGUGGUUGAAUCAGAGUAUCUAGAAGUGCUCUCUGCUGGUGAUGAGCUAGCACUUGUUGAGCUUCUUGACAGAACCGGUCCCGUGCUGGACAGUUUGUCGCCAAAUACCGUGAAUGAGCUUCUCAGUAUACUUCUCUCCUACCUCCUGGAAAGGAGAUUCAUGAAUUCAAUACUUCCUUGGCUGCAUCAGGUCGCUGAUUUGAGCACUACAAAUGGAGCUAAUUAUCUGAUUCCAUCAGCAAGAAAGAGAGCUCAAGUGUUGUCUGCAAUUCAGGAGACUUCAUGCAUGGGCUUUUCGAAUCUUGCUGAGAGAAGAGCUGUUACUCAAUUAGCAAUGAAGUUGCGCAAACUUUGGGGAAAGUGCUCAUGAUCAUUAGGUGUGCUGAAGUAGACAAGCCACUGGCAAGAAAGUUGAGAGAAACACAGUGAGAGAGAAGAGAGAGAGUUUUAAGAAAUCUUCCACGCUGGAACGUGUAUUUCAUUUCUUUGGUAUCUGCUAAAAACUGCUGUUCGUUCGUUCAUGAGCCGAUUGAGCUCACUGUUCUUGAUUUGAUUGAUGUUGUUCUGCUCGUUGGUUUCUAAGCGACGAUUUGAUUCGUGUA